CCAGAACCCGGGACCACAGCACGGAAACGGCCCGGGGCUGAGCUGCAUUCAGAUCCGGGGAUGGAGGGAGACGCAGAAGAGGACUGAGGAUCCCGGGUUGGGAGGCCCCGCGUCCUCCUGGAGGCCGGCAGCCUGCUGGCAGUGGAGGACCGGGCCGCCCAGGGAAGGAAGGGGUCAGGAGGUCGGGCCGGCCGUAACAGGCGCAGACAAGGCCCAGGAAGGAGCUCAGGCGUCCUGUGUUCAGGACCCAGGCCUGGCUCUGGUUGACCAAGGAGGGCCUAGACCAGGCCUCUGGUGGGGAAACUGAGUCAGGGCCGGAACGCAGAGCAGGGCCUAGACGCCUCAGAGCCAAGUUAGGGGCAGCGGGUGAAGCCCUUUAGGGGUCUCAGGGACUAAGGAGGUUAGGGGGCUUCAGGGCCUCCCAGUCCAGAGCCGGAUUGGCGAGAUAGACGCUUGUAGAUCCAAGGUUGGAUUGGGGUGGGGUCUCUAGGACAUUGGCUCGCUAGGCAAGGAUUGGGGGGAUUCAAGUGCUUAGAGAUCGAGAUCGAAGCCAGAGCUUGGGUAGGGGGAGUCAGACCCCUGGAAAACCUAGGUGACUAUUUGGGGAGGGGUCUUUAAGCUUUGGUGAAGCGCAAAGCUGCGCCUUUUUGGCUGGAGGCCCGAGGCCUUGUCAAGAGAGGCCUUGUCAAGAAAGGGUGGGCCGACUAGGCCAGGCCAAGAGAAAGAAAGUGAAUAAAUCAGGACUGCAAGUGGGCGGGGGGGCCCGAGAGGGGGGUCACAAAGGUUGAGACAUGGCCACCAGGCGUUUAACCGACGCUUUCUUGUUGUUGCGGAAUAAUUCCAUCCAAAACCGGCAGCUGUUAGCCGAGCAAGUGAGUAGUCACACCACCUCCAGCCCUCUGCAUUCACGUAGCAUUGCUGCGGAGCUGGACGAGCUCGCAGACGACCGAAUGGCGCUGGUGUCAGGCAUCAGCUUAGAUCCAGAAGCAGCCAUUGGCGUGACAAAACGGUCGCCUCCCAAAUGGGUGGAUGGAGUGGAUGAAAUACAAUACGAUGUUGGCCGGAUUAAGCAGAAGAUGAAAGACUUAGCCAGCCUGCACGACAAGCAUUUGAACAGACCCACCCUGGAUGACAGCAGCGAGGAGGAGCACGCCAUUGAGAUCACCACCCAGGAGAUCACACAGCUCUUCCACAGGUGCCAGCGUGCCGUGCAGGCCCUGCCAAGCCGGGCCCGCAGGGCCUGCUCCGUGCAGGAGGAGCGACUGCUUCGGAACGUGGUGGCGUCUCUGGCACAGGCUCUGCAGGAGCUGUCCACCAGCUUCCGGCACGCACAGUCGGGCUACCUCAAACGCAUGAAGAACCGGGAGGAACGGUCCCAGCAUUUCUUCGAUACGUCAGUACCGCUCAUGGAUGAUGGCGACGCUCACACCCUUUACGACCGGGGUUUUACGGAUGACCAGUUGGUGCUGGUGGAGCAGAACACGCUGAUGGUGGAAGAGAGGGAGCGGGAGAUCCGCCAGAUCGUGCAGUCCAUUUCGGACCUGAAUGAGAUCUUCCGGGACUUGGGGGCCAUGAUCGUGGAGCAGGGUACAGUCCUCGACAGAAUCGACUAUAAUGUUGAGCAGUCCUGUAUCAAAACCGAAGACGGCUUGAAACAGCUUCACAAGGCAGAGCAGUAUCAGAAGAAGAACCGGAAGAUGCUUGUGAUUUUAAUAUUAUUCGUCAUCAUCAUCGUCCUCAUUGUUGUCCUCGUCGGCGUGAAAUCACGCUAAACGGCAUUGGGCUGGUAUGUGCUGCACACAUGGAGUUCUCGGCGCGAGGGCCCGGCCCGUGCCCUCCGGCCGCGGCAGAGGUGCGGCCCCACGGGACCGUGGCAGCGACGGCGGCGACUUCCCAGUGACUCGGCCUCGCAGGCGCGCUCGAGCCGGGGGGGGGGGCUUUUGGUUUUUCUUCGCUGU